AUGCCUGUGGUUUGUAGCGGUGCCUGGCUCGACCCCAACCCCAAGUCCCCCUGCCCACCCCAGAGACCCCCUAAACCAUGCCCCCCCGGAGUGGUCAUGCAGACAGGACCCCCCGCAGGCUGCCCCCUGCCCCCACUUUAUUGGUGUGUGGGGAGGGGGUCAGGGGAGGGGCAACCCCGCAGUGCCCGCCUCCCAUUGCCGUGGUGCACGCCCCCACCGCGGUGCCGCAGCGCCCCCUGGCGGCCCCCCCCGCUGGCCCCGCCCCCGCGUUGCCAGGGCGACGGACGCGGCUCAGCCGGGAGGCGGAGGGCAGGGCCCAGGCGUGGGCGCCAUGGGCAAGAAGAGCGAGCGGGCGGCCAAGGAGCGGGCGGCCGCCAUCGCCCUCGAGGAGGAGGCCAAGAGCGCGGCGCGGCACAGCGACGAGGAGUACCAGUGCACGGGGCUGCUGGAGCAGGACUUCCCGGAGCUGUGCGCCCGCGCCGGGCUCACCUACAUCCCCCGCGUCACCGUGCGCCCGCGCGCCGUCUCGCUGCCGGAGGAGCCAGAGGCCGCGGAGGGCCAGGCCAGCGCCACCCACAUCCAGAGCAAGUACGCUUACUUCCGGCCCCGCAUCCAGACCGAGCUGGAGCUCGACGACCCCAAGAGUGUCCGCGAGGUCUUCAUGCGAGCCUCUGGAAAGUUGGCCUGACGGACCUCUUGCUGUCGUCGCUUGUUAGCAUCUUUCCCAGCUGCCCCAACCUCAAGACUCUGUCUCUGGAAGGGAACCCGCUGCCUGAGGGCUCCUUCUACAAACUGAUCCCCGAGGACAGCACGCUUGCACACGUGUCGCUGCGCAACAACAGCAUUGACGACGCGGCUGCCUGGCAGCUGGGCCAGGCGCUGUCCACCCUGACGACUGCCAACCGCAGCCUGGUCUCGCUCACCCUCAGCUUCAACCACAUCGGGGAUGUGGGGGCCGACCACAUAGCCCAGGGCUUGCGGCUCAAUCGCUCACUGCUGUCCCUGUCACUGGCGCACAACCGGAUCAGGGACGAGGGCGCAGCCAGGCUUGCUGAAGUGCUGGGGCCUUUCGCCCUGACACACACCGAGGUGGUGGAGAGGAGACGGCUUCUGCUGGAGAAGGAGUCCCAGGAGCGCUCCCGGGUGGUGAGGAUGCUGCCAGGCCCCUGGUGCCAGCAGAGACAUGAGGUCAAAGCCGACCGCCCCUCCAGCCUGGUCAGCAACACGACCAUCGACAAGCUGCAGCCCACCAAGCAGGGCAAGAACAUGGCCAAGAAGAAAGAGCCGCAGAAGAAGGAGGAGCGGGGACAGGUGGGCAGCCCCAGCCUUGGUGGGGUCCCAAGUGGCCCAGCCUUCACGACGGCCAAAAAGGAAGACGUGAAGCAGGCCAAGAAGACGCUCACCACCCCGGAGCAGAAGAUCGUGCGUGGGAAAGGUGCCAAAUCUGGCAACAAGGAGAAGCGCAACCAGCCACUGGAGCCGGAGGUGCCAGAGCUUACUGAGAUCAUGAACCCGCUGCUGGAGCAGGCUGAGCACCGCGAGGGGAAGGUUUUCCUGCCGGGCAACCACGUGCUCAUCAACCUCAACCUCACCCGCAACCAGAUCACGGAGCAGGGCCUGCGAGCCUUCCUGGCUGCCGUGGAAAGCCAGCAGCAGCAGUGGAGCAAGGCUGGCGCGGGAGCCAAGGGGCAGACAGGGCUGCUCCGCCUGUCUCUGGGGAAGAACCACUUCCCAGCCGAGAGCGAGACCUUUGCCCGCAUCCAGGAACUGAUGCUGCCGCGCGACCCCCUCGCCAAGCAAGGCCCCAAGGAUGAGGAGCAGUCUGUGCCCACAUAGGGGAGGUGCCGGCAGCCCCAGGACUGUCCCCAGGCUGCCCUGUGGGGGACCUGCAGGAGGAAGAACCACGCGUGAAAGAACAACUCGCUUUGCUCUUUUCUUUAAAAAAAAAAUUCUUUACCAUCGAAA